UGUUGGAGUGUGUAUCUUGCUCAGUAACUCUGCAGCAGCCCUCGUGUGAAGACCGUGAGAACGCAGGACAUAUAGCAUUACAUCACUUGGUCUGCCGCGCCAAACCAGCCACUCCCCGCAUCCCAAAGACAGAGAAGGUGCCGAGAACAUCUGGUUAGCAUUGCCUAACGUACCGUCCAGCGCACCGCCCCUUUCCUCCCCGCUACUCCUUCGGUCGGCCACUCAAGAUGAAUUCCACGCAUAGUAUUGGCCGACGCAACGCCAUCCCGAUUCUUUACACUAGCGGGACCUAUUACGAAGUCGGCUUUGAUGUGGGGCGCACGUUCCGAGGCCUCAUUCAGGACUUCCUCGAGGGCUUCAAGGAGCUUCACGACACGCUGCUGCCGGCGUAUGAGACGGAGGCGGGGCGCGCUGCCUACGACAAGACCUUGGCCUGCCUCAACGAGAACUUCCCCCACUACGUCAGGGAGCUGCAGGGCACGGCGGACGGUGCGCAGGUCCCCUUCCAUCACCUGAUGUUGCUGCACACGGACCAAGCGGUGCCCCAGGCCGCCAACAUAGGGCAGGAGUGUCGCGGCGAUAAGACCAACGGAUGCUCCUCUCUGUGCCUCAACGGAAGAGACCAGGUUCUUCUGGGCCACACGGAGGACGCUCUGCAGGAGACACUGAACUACGUGUAUCUGGUUUCGGCUCACAUACGCGAGGACGAGCCACAGGGAAAGCUCGGCACCCAGAGAGAGGGCUUCACGGCGCUGUGCUACGCCGGGCACCUCCCUGGCUUCUGCAUGGGUUACAACCACCACGGCCUCGUCUACUCCAUCAACGUGAUCUUCCCACAAAAGGUUCUGGCGGGAAAAACACCCCGCCACUUCCUCUGCCGGGCGCUGCUAUCGGCCAAAACGAUGGAGGCGGCACAGCAGAUCUUGAGGGACCGCGGCACCGGCUCGGCUGACGGGUUCAGUGUCAACAUGAGCUUCACCAGGCAGGAGGGCGACCACCUGUUUCACAACGCCGAGGUGGGGCCCGCCCAGGACACUGACGAAAGUCCCAUGUCCAUCCUGACCCUCAGCCCCGGCGAGCAUCUCCUGCACACCAACAAGUUCCUACGCCUCACCCACAUCCCGGAGGAGGAGGGCUUGUGCAUGACCAGCAGUAACCACCGCCAUGCUCGCGCCGCGCAGCUCCCCGCCCCCGACAACCGCGAGGAUCUGGUAACACUGCUCUCUGAUACCGAGGACGCCAUGUACCCCUUCUUCAGAGAGGGAUCAGCGGAGGACUACGUGAAGACUGUGGCUUUUGGAGUGUUCGACCUACUGAAGAGGACGUGGACCAUUUGGAUGAGGAACCCCAAGUCCUCUGACCCUCUGCUAGAAAUUCCUCUUCUCUUCACCUGGAACACCUAAUUAAGAAACACCUAAUUUACCUGAGGCGUUAUCCCAUGACAGUGAAGACUUAACACUUUCCCUUACCUGUACCUCAGCCUGCCUCCUGUAGCGAUAGAUUACUGUACGUUGAAGUCCUUUCCUCGUCUCUUUUGUUCAGGAGUGUUGAAAAGUUAAUAAUCUAGUUUUUUUUUUUCUUUCUCUUGUUUCCCUUGUUGUCUUAGUUUCUGUUUCAGUCAUUACUUUUAUCUAUUUUCCUCUUGUUUACCUUCUUGUCUCACGAUACUCUUCAGUUUUAUCGUCAAUACUUUUUUUUUCAUUCCUUGCUCAUAAUAUGGAGUGUUAGAAUUGACGGUAGUGAUUUAGUCAGUUUUUUUUUUAUUAUCUUUUUAUUUCACUUCAUGUAUCUUCUUACUCUUCUUUCUUAUCAUCAUUAUUUUCUUGAUUUUGCCUUUCUCCAUUUUCUCAUCUUUUUCACAGAUCUUACAGUGUUCACUUUCCAACUUUACUUUCUUUCCUUCUCCUUCGUUAUCUCCCUUCUCACCGUUAUGAUUUUCUUCUUUUCAUGCCUCUCUCUCUCUCUCUCUCUCUCUCUCUCUCUCUCUCUCUCUCUCUCUCUCUCUCUCUCUCUCUCUCUCUCUCUCUCUCUCUCCCUCCAGUCUUCGCUUCUCGUCUCGUGUAGUACCAAAGAGGAGGCAGCGCGUUACCUAAAUGUUUAUAUCGAUGUUCUCAUGAUAUUAUUAACCUAUCAGGACUUUCGGAAUAUAACGAAGCCCCGAACUGAAGCUGGUCUGACGUUAAAAAAAUAAGCUCUGUAUUAUUAGUUUUUAUAAGUACACAUUAGUUCCUCUGUGGGUUAAAGAUGUGUUCCUGUACUGCCUGCCGAUGGUGUGUCUUAAAGAGGAGGAGGUGGAGUAGGAGUGUCGCGUGGUUAUUAGUGAUGGGAGGAUACGAGGCUGGUGAAGAGUUUGCUUGCCUGGUUCGCUGGUUGGUUCUGUUUUGCCGUGUGUCCUCUGAUCUCCGGUGGUUCUUCCAGUGUUUCCUUUGAGGUUUACUCUUUAAAUUCUGUCACUUCUAAUGUUAUUCAUUUAUUUAUUUUUAUUUAUUCAAUUUUUUUUUCUGGAGGAGCGUAUGUCUCUUCUAACAUUUGCCCUCUGCUAUGUGGGUCCUCUUGUGAUGGUUCUUUCUGGAUUUUAUCUCUAAUCUCUGACACUUCUACUAAUGUUUCUUUUGGCAUUGUACUCAAAUGUUUGUUUUGGCAUUGUUCUCGCAAGGGUAUGCAUGGAUCACUCUUCCUGUCAUACGGAGGCAAAGAACGAAGGGUUUUGAGUUAAAAAAGGAAGAAGAGAAGGCGGGAAGACGACUGAAUAAGGAUCGUGAUGUGUGUGUUACUGCCAGAUCUGAUGUGUCUCUCAUAGUACUUAAUAAACGUAUGCAAUAG